CGCGGCCGCGAGAACUACAAGGGGACCUCCGGAGUGAGUUCGUCCACGCUUUGAGAAGUAGGUUAGCAGGGUAGACUGGGAACCUUGCAAGAACCUUGGAACCUUGCAAGCCAAGCUAAACCACCGUGGGAGUAUUCUGUCAAGAAGUUACCGAAAUAGUGCAUCGAGACAAACAGGAAAACAUGCAACUUGAACUGUCGAAUUUCUUUGCAUUUAAUUAACUGGCGCAAGACUCUCCUCGCUGAUUUUUGCCUUAUUUUCUGAAAAAAUAUUUUCUAGUUCAUUAGGCUAAAGAAGUUUUUUUUUUACGUGCCAGCAAAUGCUGGUCUUUCAACAGUUUACAGAUAUUUCUAUUCAAUUUACAACCCACAUGAAGUCAAAUUCAUUGAUCCAGAAACGAUAAAUAUUCAACAUGAGAGCUCAAAUAGAAGUAAUACCCUGCAAGAUCUGUGGGGACAAGUCCUCAGGUAUUCACUAUGGGGUCAUUACCUGCGAAGGUUGCAAGGGGUUCUUCCGCCGCAGCCAGCAGAACAACGCCAUGUACUCGUGUUCCCGCCAGAGAAACUGUCUUAUUGACCGAACCAACCGCAACCGCUGCCAACACUGCAGACUGCAGAAGUGUCUGGCUUUGGGCAUGAGCCGGGAUGCGGUGAAGUUUGGCCGUAUGUCUAAGAAGCAGCGAGACAGCCUGUACUCGGAGGUUCAGAAGCACCAGAAGAACCAGGAGCUUCUGAACCAGGAGGUUGUGAACCAGGGGUGUCUGAACCAGGGUUUGUCCCUGACCAGGGAAGAUGUGGCAGGGGGAGACAGCGAGGGGGACAGGCACAGGGAGCUCAGUCACUCCUACAGCAGCGGCGGCUCCAGCUCCACCCUGAGUGACCUGGAUGACAUUCCCGACCUGUUUGACCUGCCCUUGACCCCAGAGGAGGCCCACAAGUACUGCAGCCUGGAGCUGCUGGGAGGCCACGGCGGAAGCACCGGGAACACCUCAAACUCUUCAUCAUUAUCAUCAUCCUCUAACAAUUCGUCCAAUCAGAACUCGCCGCAGCAGAAUCUGCUGGAUGUCACAGACGCCAAUGGAAUCAAACAUGAGUACCAGAUGUUGUCGCACACACAAGCCGCGCUGCUGGAGCCACUGGCCAAUGACUGCACUCUUAUGGAUAUAGAGCGUAUCACCCAGAGUGUGGUCAAGUCCCACUUGGAGACGAGUCAGUACAGUUCUGACGACCUGAAGAGGCUGACAUACAGUGGGAUUCAGUACUCACCUGAGGAGACCCGCAACUUCCAGUGCAAGUCUGAAGAGUUUAUGUGGCAGCAGUGUGCCCACCACAUCACCAAUGCCAUCCAGUACGUGGUGGAGUUUGCCAAACGCAUCACUGGCUUCAUGGACCUGUGUCAGAACGACCAAAUAAUUCUGCUCAAAGCAGGCUGUCUGGAGGUGCUGUUGAUCAGGAUGUGCAGGGCGUUUAACGCUAACACCAACACCAUGUUCUUUGAUGGCAAGUUUGCCUCCGCCCAGCUCUUCAAAGCCCUCGGUUGCGAUGACCUGGUCAGUGCCGUGUUUGACUUGGCUAAAGGACUCUGCCGCCUGCAGCUAACCGAUGAGGAAAUGGCUCUGUUCAGCGCCGCUGUCCUUCUGUCCCCAGAGCGACCAUGGCUGACCGACAGCCAAAAGGUCCGGAAGCUGCAGGAGAAGCUCUUCCUGGCUCUGCAACACAGACUGCACAUGAGCGGGGCCUCCGACGAGAAACUAGACCAGAUGGUGUCCAAGCUGCUGAUGAUGAAGUCCAUCUGUAAUCUCCACGUCAACAAGCUGGAGUUCUUCCGUCUGGUUCACCCCGAGACUGCAUACAGCUUCCCACCACUCUAUCGGGAAGUGUUCGGGAGUGAGAUCUCUCUACCCGACUCUACAAACAGCUCCUAGAGAGAAAUAUGGAGUGAAUGUGUUAGAGGCAGGUUAAGAAAAGUGUGGAGAUAUGGAAGCGAAAGGGGAGAUUGAGCGAGGGAUAUAAAUAUUGAACUCAGAAAUAACCAGCAGUUAACUAGACAAUCCAGGAUUUAAAAUACUCAGUUUCCCAGCAUGCUGUGGCGUUAUUCCUCCACUAUCCUAGCAGGCCAUGCACCUUACACUACAGACUUUUCCUUCAGGAUCCUGUUGUACCGUAGCACUCUGGACAAACUAAUGGGCAAUAUGCAUAUUCUACAGUGUGAACAUAAACCAUUUAGCAUUAGAACAUCGAUGCUCCCCAACCCCGUCAUGAAUGUACCUCACUGACAACCACCAAUGCACCAGCCAGAACCACACACCGAAUGUACAGUGGGGCAAAAAAGUAUUUAGUCAGCCACCAAUUGUGCAAGUUCUCCCACUUAAAAAGAUGAGAGAGGCCUGUAAUUUUCAUCAUAGGUACACUUCAACUAUGACAGACAAAAU